AUGACGUUCAAACCAGGAACUCUCGGCCUUGAUUUUGUGGCGAGUGUAUCGAGACAAGACGAUAUUGUUUUGCUGUUGAUGGAGAAUGUCGCCACGACUAGCGGGCAGUCGUCGAGUAUUGCCGAAAUGCUGCUCGAGGCUGCCAACUCGGUGAUCCAGUCUUCGGUGCCGGACGGGUUCGAAUGGGUGGCCGAAUACAACAUGUACUACUCGGCAGCCACUCGAUACUUCUUCGACAUGAAUACCAACUUGUUCUACCACUCGGACACCCAGACGUACUACUAUUACGACGAGGCGACUCAAUCGUAUUGUGUAUACGCAAAUAUGCAGCAAAAACAGUGGGAUCGCGCUCGCUACAGACGGAGGGCCGCUGAAUUGCUCGGAGAGGGGGAGAUUCAACGGUACGAUCAGGAGGCUGUUGAUAUUUGCGAAUUUGUCUUCAACAUUGUCGAUAAAGUGGCGGAUUUGGAGUGGGAUCGUGAAUUGGAGCAACGCAAAUCAGCACGUCGGCAGCGCGAUCGUUCGAGGGAUCGGUCACGCGAUCGCGAUCGAGAGCGGGAUCGAGAGCGAGAUCGCCAGCGUCGAAACGAAGAGGAUCGACGACGCGAGGAAAGACGGCGUGAGGAAGAAGAGGACCGAAGGGAACGGAAAAAGAGGAAAGAGCAGGAGGAACGAGAGCGCCGGGAGCGCAUCUUCAACGAGCUUGAGGACACUGACCUGCAGGCCAAAAGGUCCAAAAAAGCUAAACGAGCCUACUUUGAUGGUGAUGAUGUGCGCGUAUCCAGCGAAGAAGAGGAAGCCCCUCGCCGAUCCAAUAAGAAGAAAAAGUCCAAAAAGGAGGCACGCGAAGACAGGCAUCGGGACCGCUCGCGGAGCCGUCAUCGGGGCGGUACUCGGUCGCGUUCGCGUGAUCGCGACCGCAGGCGGGAUCGUUCGCGCGAGCGCUCGCAUCGCGAACGCUCCAGGGAUAGGUCGCGUGACCGUUCUUGGGAACGUCGGCGCAUACGCGAUCGUGAACGCGACCGUGUGUCAGAUGAAAGGCGCAGACGCGAUCAAAGAGACUCCGAUUCUGUCAAGACUUACUCGAGCAACGGUUCUUCAGAUGGCGGUUUCCAAGAGAACAUGCCAAACCCUGAAGAAAUGGCCUGGCAGCAGCUGAUGGAAGGCGAGGGCUUUACCGAAGCUCCCUGUCUGCGCAUUAUCGACCAAAUGGGGCAGCUGAACAUUGUUACGAUCACCGGUGGACUUAUUGGCUCGCAUGCCAGCUCGGCUAUUCGAUCAGACUCCUUGGCCGAGUACCACUCUGAGAUCUACUACGUGAACACGGCGGAUGAGACCCGCGGGCCCGGUUAUAAGCUGCGCGUGAUGCCCGGCUGCACGGCCUCGCUCGACGGCCAAGUUCUCGAAGAAAACGACGAGUUCGACCUCGAACACGGAUCCUGGUUUAUCGCCGGCGAGGUGGUGCUCAUCAUCCAUGUGCACUAUGGAUACAACUCCUGCCCCCGGUGCGACCCCGGCCAGAUGCCGAAGCCAAUGGCCAUGAGUGAAGAAGCGGAGCGUGUCGCCAAGGGUGCCCCGAAGCUCAGCAAGGCCGCCGUCCGGAAGCGUGUCCUGAAUGCGAUGAAGAAGCAAUAUGGCAUUAUGGAAGGGGAACAGAACGAGACGAAAUACACAGAUCGCGCCGCGAAUCGUCGCCGGAACGUUGGAUCGACCUAUCCGGUCAAUAUUCAGCGACAACGCGCACAGGCCUCCGAUCCUAACGACAUCUACGCUAAUUGUUCUGCUCGUCCUGUUCCGGGCGCUGCUCCGUUCACCGCGCCGAAGACUGUGAACACCCCGAUCGAAGCGGAAAACAAGGGCUUCAAGUUGCUGAAGAUGAUGGGCUGGACCGAGGGCAAGGGGCUUGGCAAGGAACAGAGUGGAAGGGCCGAGCCGGUGGCCGUGCUGCAAAAGUCGGAUCGAGCCGGCCUCGGGACAGCUCAGCGAGAAGCGCCUAAGUCCUUGAAGCAGCAAAUUUUCGACGCUACUCGGAAACGUUUCGAAGAGAUUACCGAAAACGAGCAGAAG